GAACAAAGGAAAUAUUUGUGUGGCAAAGACAAGUCCCAAAAGUGUGCAUAAAGCAUACUUAAAACUGUUUGAGACGGACUUCAUGUUGUUUCUCAAGUCCCGCUAUGAUGAGAUGAUUCUUGGAGGACAAAUGCUACUAACAAUUGUUGGCAAUGCCUGGGAGUCUAAUUCUCCUGAUGAUAAGAGCUGCACUGUGUGGGAAUUGCUUGGAAACACCUUAUAUGACAUGGUGCUAGAGGGGUUCAUUGAAGAACCAAAACUCGAUGAAUUCAAUCUUCCUUACUAUGCACCUGCUGAGGAGGAAGUGAAGAAAGCAGUUGAAGCUGAAGUAUCAUUUGAUAUCCGGGAAUUGGAAACAUAUAAGAUGGAUUGGGAUUCUAGUGCUAGCUCCGAGAUUGGUUUGCAAGGCAAGAGUGUGGCUGGGAGUAUAAGAGCAAUCGCAGAAUCUCUAUUUGCUAGUCAUUUUGCCGAUGUGAAUAUGGAUGAUCUGUUUGAGAGAUAUGCUAAGAAGGUAACAGAGUACUUUGAGGUGGUAAAGGGCCAAUGUACAACCAUGCUCAUUUCCAUGACCAAGGAACUCGAGAAGUAAUACUAGAUCUAGGUCGAGGCUUUUAAUAAACUUAAUUUUGGGUA